AUGGGUGGUGGUCCUGAAGGUUUCCGCACCGUCGCUUACUUUGUCAACUGGGCCAUUUAUGCCCGACAGCAUCGUCCUCAAGAUCUCCCCGUAGAGAACCUCACACACGUUCUCUAUUCAUUCGCUAAUGUCCGAAGCGACUCUGGCGAAGUCCAUCUCACCGACUCAUGGGCCGAUACCGACAUUCACUGGGACGGCGACUCCUGGAAUGACCAAGGCACCAAUUUAUAUGGCUGCAUGAAGCAGCUGAACCUCCUCAAGCGCCGCAACCGCAACCUCAAGAUUCUUCUCAGUGUUGGAGGAUGGACCUACAGCAGCAACUUCAAGGCUCCUGCCAGCACACCCGAAGGACGCGAUACCUUCGCCAAGAGCUGCGUUGACCUUAUCAAGAACCUCGGAUUUGACGGUAUCGACAUUGAUUGGGAGUAUCCUCAGAAUGCAGAUGAGGCCAGAGAUUAUGUUGAGCUGCUAGGUGCCGUUCGACGUGAGAUGGACGCUUAUGCCCAGACUUUGAGUCAGCCUUAUCAUUUUGAACUGACCGUUGCUUGCCCCGCUGGUGCGACAAACUUCCAGAAACUUGAUAUUCGUGGAAUGGAUCGAUAUCUUGAUUUCUGGAAUCUGAUGGCCUACGAUUAUGCUGGAUCUUGGGACUCUGUUGCUGGCCACCAGGCCAAUCUGUACCCAUCUCCCGACAACCCCCAAUCAACCCCCUUCUCUACAUCCGCCGCCAUAGACUUCUACGUGCGUAGCGGCGUAUCCCCCGGGAAGAUCGUUCUUGGUAUGCCCCUCUACGGUCGAGCUUUCCAGAACACCGACGGCCCAGGCCGACCCUACCAGGGCACCGGUGAAGGAACCUGGGAGGCUGGUGUCCAUGACUACAAGAAACUUCCCCUCGAGGGCGCUACAGAGUAUGGGGACAGAGGGUGCUGUGCAAGCUACUGCUACAACCCCCAGACACGAACCAUGGUCACAUACGACACGCCGCGAGUUGCCUGGGACAAGGCCGAGUAUGUCAAGAAGUGGAAGCUCGGCGGUGCAAUGUGGUGGGAGAGCAGUGCGGACAAGACUGGCGAUCAGAGCUUGAUCACGACUGUUGUGAAUGGGUUUGGUGGACAAGGUGCGCUCAUGAGGCAAGAUAACUGCAUUGAGUAUCCUGCGACCAAGUAUGAUAACUUGCGAAAUGGAUUCCCGAACAAUUGA